GCCGCCGCCCUCACGACCACCUCCUCCCUCUUGCUCGGCUGCGGCAUGGUGAGCGUGUGCAGGCUGGUCGGCUUGCGCGCCGUCGCUCGCCACGCCGUCCUCGUCAUCGCCUUGGGCACCGGCCUGCUCGGCGCCGCCCUGGUCGCCCUCGGCGUCGUCCUCAUCUUCGCCACGGACGUCGCCACCGUGUACUUUGACUGGGCCCUCGUCGCCCUCGGCGCUGCCACCUUCGGCGUCUCUCUCCUCGGCGUCUUCGGCUCGAAGCACGAGUCGCCACCUCUCCUCCGCGCCUACGCCUCCGUCCUCCUCCUCCUCCUCCUCUCCCUGAUCGGCGCCGCGGCGGCGCUGUCGUCGCUGGGCGAGGCGCGGAUCGACGCGUGGAUGGAGGAGCACUGGGAGCGCAUCGAGGCGACCACGCUCGUCGUGCGGAAGGACCAGUUCGAGGCGCUGCUCGCAGACCACGUCGCCGCCCUCCUCACGCUCCUCGCGUGCCUCGUCCUCGUGCUCACCUUCGACCUCCUGCUGGUCUGGGUGCUGCAGUGCUCCGCAACCUCCCGCCAUCGGCGCCUCAGGGGCGAAGACGUCGAGCGCAAGCCCCUGAGAGCGAGCAAUGGCGCCGGUGUUGAGCUCGAGGCGGUGGCGCCAUGAGUUCUGCUGCCCUCUACAUCCCAGCGUGCUGCAACUCUUCCGAUUACGAACACCGCAGAUUACAGUUUGUACGGUAGUGUGGCGCGUGUCCAGACGACGCACUCCUUAGCCCUCUAGAUCCUAGUAUUGCGCGUGCUCUUUUUAUUCAAACAGAAUCAGGAGCUC